AUGAAUCACCUCCGAGAGGGAGAGUUCUCUCUCGACAAACUUCCAAAGAGUGUCAAGGUUCGCUCAACCUGCAACGCUUGUCAACAGGCCAAGAUCCGCUGCAGCCAUGACAGACCUUCUUGCAAGCGAUGUCAGAAGCACAACAUAGACUGCGUUUAUAGCAUCUCUCGGCGACUAGGAAGGCCAGCAAAGAAAAAAGAUUGUUCGAUCAACAACUCACCGACGGGCCAGGCUGGAAUCGACAGUCAGCCCAAUAAGAAAGCUCGCGGGUCGAAGAAGAAGGUAGUCAGGGAGCAGCCGAUGCCAGACUUUAGCUCUGGAGAUCGUUCCGACAGUCGUGACGACAAGUCCCUCUUCGAGGCAGUACCUUUCGACCAUAACCAAAUAGAUGAUUUCGUGGUCGAGGAGAUGAAUCUGCAGACUCCAACGCUGAUGGACAUAGUCACCGCAGCGCCCCUUUUCUCAGACAACAUUGAUAUGGCGUCUGAUAGCUGGCUGCAUGAGUUCAUGUCCAAUCCUUUCACCGACCCUAUCCAGGACCGCGGGUUCCUAGACACUUUCGAGGCGAACGAGAUCAAGGUAGACGACACACCAGCCAAAAUGUCGAUUGAUCUGGACAAUUUGCCGGCUCAGUCUGACAGCUUCUCUGACGCCACGUCUGAGGCACAGGAUCUGCCAUCCUCGAGUUACUACGCAGGCGCCAACCCCUGUUUCACCAACCCGGAUCCAUUUUCGACCAGCACACAAGAGGUGUUUCAAAGCGCUGCUGCCAGCUUAGGGCAAUUCAAGCAGGAUUCGUUCUCCUGGCAGCAGCCGCUCUCAAGUCUCGGUGGCGACUUUGCUGCCGAGUCGCCGAGUCUUUUUCCUCAAAUCAAAGCCACAAAACGGGCACACGAGUACAGUUUCUCCGACGACGAAUUCAAGGCAGGGAUCAACGGCAUAUCGAAUACUCGCCAGUGUCAGACCCAUGAACAGGCCGUCUGGGAUCUUAAUCGUGUGAACAUCUGUGCUUCGCGUACAGGCCCCUCUGUCGCCAUCGACUCCAUUUUGACCUGUCAAAGGGUUUUGCAGCAGCUGACAGAAACCAUUCUUCAGUGCCGUGAUUGCUCCCGAACUCGAGUAAAUCUCCUCAUGGUUGUCAUUGUCAGCAUUGACAGCCUCAUCAACACGCUAGACACAAUAACAUUUGCUGAGAGUGAUGUUAUAGAUAGGCUGUUCCCCGAGUACUUCAACCCGCUGGUGCAGGAUUACAGGCCCGAAUCAUCCACUCGCCGGUACAAAGGGGGCAGUACGCAUCUCAGAACGCAGCUGGAGGCAUGUCCCUUGAUCAUUGGAGGGUUCAGCGUCCCUCCAGAAGAUAAGUUUCAGUUUGUGAAACGAGUCUUGCAAAGUCGGUUAUCAGGUUUGCUAGGAACAGUUCAUCGCAUUCGUCUCUGUACCCAAGAGUCUCUGGGGCCGUCAGCGCGCGGGAGACUGGACAUGAUGAGGGGAACAGAUCAAAGGUUGAAGUCGGUCAUUAUGAAGUUGAAUUUGAUGACCAGGCCAUAAAGUGUGUCGAGUGUGUCGAAGAUGCGAUAGUUACAAGAUCUCGUGGUCCUUCUUAGGGAGCCCAAUCUUCGUAUGCUAGGUGAUAGUUGUGAGAAUUGUACUGCGAGAAAAAUGCCAUCAGAUCCCUGUAAAAUGAUCGUUAUCCAAUCUCAAGUGCGACAUCAUUGCUUUGAUGACAGUUUUCUCCACUGUCGGGUAGAGCUUGAGCAUCAAUGUCGAAUAUGAUCGUAACCUAGAAAAUGAGCAGAGCAUCCAUACCAAAGUCAUUGUCUGGAAUAGAUAUCUGUACGACGUUCGGCGGGUCGGGGAGCUUGUGUGGUUUCACGGUGAUUUGGCCGCGUGAAGGGACAGGCUGACAGGUUCACGCCUUGAUGUAGUGUGAAAGUGUGAGGCUGUUGAAAUGACGCUUCAACAACGAACCCGAGGUUGUAUCCCAUAUCCGUCGAGCCUAACGCCGUCAUCGGGCACGUGAAUGGAAUCAGGCGUGAAGGUUGCUGCAACCUUCAUAUUAGAAGUCUCUGUCUCAACCAUGCCCG